AGUCAUCAGAAAGGUCCAAGUACAGCUUCCAAUUUUGUAAGGAAAGGGUUUUCGCCAAUUUAGGGAAGAGGGUUUCGUUGAUCCAUCACGAUUCCAUACAUUAACAAUUCGCAAUAAUUCACGCCAAGUCAAUUGUCAACAAUCGAUCUCCUCUUUACAUAUUCUCAUAUUGUUUGGAUCUAUCGCCAAUUCUUUGUGGAUUCAAUCCUAUCCAUCUCCAGGCCUUUUUAGCAUCCUUGCAUAUCUCUCAUAUUUAUAUUAUACAAUUACGAGAGAUUAUGACAACACGUAAUUUAAGAAAAAGAGUCCAGCGUCGAGAUGUGGACGGGAGAAGUUAUGAGAAAUUUGAUACAUCUGGGAUGGAAGACCUAAAUGAACCUUUACUUGGGAAUAGAGAAAAUGAUGAUAUGCCAUCACAUCAACAAACACUUGAAGAUAUUUGGGAUGACGACAGGAAAAAACAGCACCUACACUGGACAUCUUUGUUUACCCAGUUGAUUGCUCAGUGGGCACAUUGGUUAGCAAAUAUCGUCCAUGGAUCUGGAGUGCUUAUUGGGCGACUCUUGCCCUUCACCUCUCCCUCAGAAAAUGGAGAAAUGAAGAAGUUUCUUCGUCGACAACCUUCACUUAGUCCCUUGCAGGAAGAAAGACUAAAGAUUCUACAGCAAAGACUUCAUGUUCCCUUUGAUGGUUCUCGUGCGGAGCAUCAAGAUGCUCUUAAACAACUAUGGAGAUUAUCUUAUCCUGACACCAAACUCCCAGCUCUGAAGUCAGAACUUUGGAAGCAAAUGGGUUGGCAAGGAUCCGAUCCUUCAACAGAUUUCAGGGGUGGUGGUUUUAUAUCAUUGGAGAACCUUAUAUUUUUUGCUAUGACAUAUCGGGAUUCUUUUCAAAAUUUGUUGCACAAAAAAGAUGGAAAUAGAGCAGAGUGGGAGUACCCUUUUGCUGUUGCUGGGAUAAAUAUUUCGUUUAUGUUGGUGCAAAUGCUAGAUCUUCAAUCAGGGAAACCUAGUUCCUUGGCAGGAUUUAGGUUCUUGGAAUUGUUAGGAGAAGAUGAAAUGGCAUUUGACCACCUUUUCUGCAUCGCGUUUAAAAUGAUGGAUGCCCAGUGGCUUGCAAAGCGUGCUACAUAUAUGGAAUUUAACGAUGUUUUGAAGUCCACAAGAACACAAUUGGAACGCGAGCUUUCACUAGAAGACACCGCAAGCGUGCGAGAUUUACCAGCAUUCAACCUUUUAAAGAACACAAUUGAAUGACUUAAUGGUUUACUGUUAAUACUUCUCUUCUAUGUAUAAUAAUAACAACAACAAAUGAAGGUUAAAAAAUGAGUUAGUGAAGGGAUCUAAUUACCUGAUAUUCUAUUAUUUUACUACUA